AUGCCCAACACUCCACGUCCCCAGCAGCACCCCCUGGUUCACAUGCAGUGGCAGGGGAUUGGCACGUGGGCACAAGGGAUGGAGGACAACCAGGCUGGGAGCACCCUGAGGGGCCUGGCUGCCCCAGGAAUGCACCCAGAGCAGUAUAAAUCACUAAUGAAGCUUGCGGAAAAAUAUGGCCCCAUCUUCACCCUCCACUUUGGGUUCCAGAAAGUUGUGGUCCUGACCGGGUACGAAGUUGUGCGGGAGGCGCUUGUGAACUACACAGAGGAGUUUGUAGACAGACCAUCCAUCCCAAUAUUUGACCAAAUUCAGAACGGAAACGGUCUGUUCUUCUCCAUUGGGGAGCUGUGGAGAACAACUCGGAGAUUCACUGUGUCCAGCAUGCGCAACCUCGGCAUGGGGAAGCAGAUGCUUGAGGGGAGAAUUUUUGAGGAGCUUCACUUCCUCAUUGAGAUGAUCAAAUCCUUCAAAGGGGAACCUUUCAGCCUGCCAUCCUUCAACUGUGCUCCCAUCAACAUCACCUUCGUCUUGCUGUUUGGGGACAGGUUUGACUAUAAGGACCCAACAUUUCUCACUCUCUUAAGACUUAUAGAUGAAGUUAUGAUUCUUCUGGGAUCUCCAUAUUUAAAUUACUUCAAUUUCUACCCAUUCCUUGGAUUUCUCUUCAAAACCCACAAGAUUAUGCUUGAGAAGAUAGAAGAUGUGAGAGUCAUUUUAAGGCAAUAUAUGAAGGCAAGCAGGGAGGAUAUCAAUGAGAACAGUGUGAGGAGCUACAUCGACGCAUUGAUGUUCAAGCAACAAGAGAAAAACAAGAAGGACAGCCUCUUCCAUGAUGACAACUUAAUGGCAUCCAUACUGGACCUGGUCAUGGCAGGGACAGAAACCAUAGCCACCACGCUGCAGUGGUCCAUCCUGCUUAUGAUGAAAUAUCCAGAGAUUCAAAAAAAGGUGCAGGAGGAGAUUGGGAGGACUGUCAAAGCUGGGAGCUGGGCCACAUACGAAAAAAAAAAAACAUGCCGUAACGCGGUGCUGCAUGAAGUGCAGAGGUUUAUCACCCUCCUGCCCCAUGUUCCCCGCUGCACUGCUGUUGACACCCACUUCAGGGGCUACUUCCUUCCCAAGGGUAUAAUUGUAAUCCCAUCACUUACCUCAGUGCUGCUGGAUAAGACACAAUGGGAGACCCCACAUCAGUUCAACCCUAACCACUUUCUUGAUGCUGAAGGGAAUUUUGUAAAGAAAGGAGCUUUCCUGCCCUUCUCCACAGGGCGAAGGAACUGCAUUGGAGAAAGCCUGGCCAAGAUGGAGCUGUUUGUCUUCUUUGUAGGGUUGCUUCAAACAUUUACUUUCCGACCCCAACCAGGAGUUUCAGAGUCUGACUUGGACCUUACUGUCCCCCAAACAACUUUCACACUAAGGCCUCAGCCUCAGGCGACCUGUGCUGUGCUGCGUGAAUAA